AUGUACCCCUUGGUCAUGGCUGGGGGUGCAUGCUGGACUAUGGAGCAGCGUGUUGUCAUUCAGGACCGCCUCCUUGUUAUGGAGCGCACCUGUGGCUUCGGGUACAUUUACAAUGCUCGAGAGCUAGUGGAACGAGUCUGGAGGAUGAGAGAUCAAACUGAAGGCACGGGCACUAUUGUCAACUGGGCACGCAUCAGGUACGAGGAGAUGCAUGGACUAGCUGUUUUCUAA